AUGGCGCAAAUCUACCAGAGAUCCGAGUCUUUCAUGUUCGUCAGCAUGCAAGUGAUCCCGUCGCUGCGAUUCGGCAACUCGACAGUGCCAGCAUACUCCAUGAAAGUCUUCGCGCUGCCGUAUCUCAUUGCCCCGAUCACGAACCUCCGCAGCACCAUACUCAUUCAAGCGGCGCUUCACGACAUUCUACAUAUCCAACCCUCCCGGGGAAUCAUCCUGUAUAUUCCAGUUGCAGAAGAGAACAUGGCGACCAACAAUACUACUAUGAUGGGUGAGGUAGCCCGUUUACAAAGCGAUACUCAUGGCUGUGGCCGGGAGUCUGGAAUCUUCAAGUCUCUUUCUCGAUCCCUGAGUAGGAGGAAGAAGUCCAGCAGCGGUGCGAGUGCGCCUCUGUCUGUCGCCACAACAUCUUCAUGGGCCGCUCGAAGCGAUGUGCAUGAAGCAAAACCAGCCGCGAUUUCAGAGUCUGAAGGUACCAAUACAUCCGCCGAUGAAGGCUCUGUGAGACCUAGACAAUCUAGGACGCUGCGGCUUUUCGGUUCCCGCCGGUUGACUGAGCCCUCGGAGCAUUCCAACGCGGGCUCGGGAAUAGGAUGUUGA